AUUGGGCUAGACUUGGGUAUCUGAACCUGUUACAAGUUUUGCAUGCCUACUCGAAAAGAGAGCACUGCACAUUUUCAAAAAACUCCCCUUGUCGUGCAAAAAAUGCCGCCUAUACGCAUACGCCGUCUCAGGCUCGACUCCGAUUCCGACGGAGAAGAACAAGACCCACUCCAACCCCAAUCCGAGCCACAAACCCAUUUUCCGGUUGAAAUCUCCGACGACGAGGACUUCCUCGACGUCCUCGACAGCCUCCCUCCGCCCUCUCCCGCCUGUCCUGUCACCGACUUCCUCCGCCGCCUUGGACUGUCACCCAAGAGUGACUGGCUCACUUCCUGCCUCCGCGAAUUCCAGUCCUCCGUUCCGGCCUUUGAACACCUCGACGUCGCCGCAAAAGCCAAACGCUGUUUCGAGCAGUUUCUCUACGCCGACAUGAAUUUCUGCGGAAGUGGCAUACUCCCUCCCAACGUAGACGCCAUGCACCUUAACGUUCUCCCCGGUCCCUAUGUAUUGCAGGUUGAUGAAAUAAUUAAUAUGACUUGUCCUCUACGAGGCAGAUAUGAAAAGGCAAAUCCUGGAAUUAAAAGAUGUUUGAAGUUAUCAAUGACUGAUGGCAUUCAAAGAGUAUUUGGAAUGGAGUAUAGGCCCAUCGAAGCUCUUGAAGUUUGUGCCUCUUCUGGUUUAAAGGUUACUAUCUCUAAUGUACAUGUGCGUCGUGGACUUCUUAUGCUGGUACCUGAAACCAUUGAAAUAUUGGGGGGAUUGGUUGAGGAGCUGGAUGCUGCCCGAAAUCGCCUGGUUGGAGAAUUAAAGAAGCCACCUAGACCUAGGGGGAGAAGAACUAGAAACGGAGUGUUUAUUCCUUUAGCGACUAGAGCAACUCUUGCUGCGUGGCCUCCAGGUGGAGUUGAUGAUCUUGCACGCAGUGGCUCCACGCUGCACAGUACUGAUCCUGUACAGGAAAACAAUCAAGGUUCUGGCCCGAGCAUGUCUGGCACUGGUAACAGUAAUUCAAUACCCCACAUGGCGUCAAAUGCUGAUGCUAUGAACAUGGAUAUGUCUAGAGAUACCAAUUCUGUUUCCCGUGGUAGCUCUAUGGCUAACCAGCUCUCUUCUGUCAUGUCAAAGGCUGAGGAGAUGCACAUAGAUGCUUCUAAUGUCACCAGGGAAUAUUCUGUUGACCAUCAGUCUUCUAAUAUGGUUUCAAAUGUUUCAGCAGCAUAUAAUGAUACUGUUCAUAUAACAAGAGAAAGUUCUGUGGCUACUGAGUGCCCUCCCGUUGUUGAAAGUGUUGAGACAUACAGGGAUAGAACUCCAGUAGCCACAGAUAGUUCUCAUCCACGAAGAACCUCUUCCACUGUUAGGGAAUAUUCUGUUGACAAUCGGUUUUCUAACAUGGUUUCAAAUGUUUCAGUGGUGCAUAAUGACACUGUUCAUAUAACAAGGGAAAGUUCUGCAACUACUGAGUGCCCUCCUGUUGUUGAAAAUGUUGAGACAUACAGAGAUAGAACUCCAGCAGCCACUGAUAGUUCUCAUCCACGAAGAGCCUCUUCCUCUGUUUUAAACACCAGCGAUGUCGAGAUGGGUGAUGCCAGUGACCAUCCACUCAUACUGUCUGGAGACCAAGAGGUCCCGUUCACAUACAUGGCUAGUUUGUCAGCCAAGUGGGCUAAAAUGAAAGAGGAAGCUCCUGCAAUUCGGGGUAAAAUCAAGUGCUUUUUGACUGGUGUAAAAGGAUUCCGGUACAAGAAGAGGACAUCAUAUGAGCUUCAGGCAUAUGUAGACGAUGGUAGCCUUAUUUCUGAAAUCCUCAUUGAUCAUGAUGUUGUACAGAAAGGAAUUGGUUUUUCUCCUGAGGAGGUAACUGCGGCCAUUUCUUCUCCUGACACGAAAACUGUCCAACAAAUGAGGGAUACAAUGCAUAAAUUUCAAGCAUUUUUAGCAAACUUUGAGGGAAUAAUUCUUGUGGAAUUAAAUAAAAAAUCUUCCCUUCCACUUGCCCUAGAGAUGAGUCAAGGCUGUCCUCAAUCUGAUGCACGGUUACUUCUGAGAAGGCUGAAGUCUCUUAACCCUCCACAAGUUCAAAAACCUACGGAUCCAAUUGAAUUAUCCCCGUAAUUACUUGAAUGGCUAGCAUUUCCUAAGUUGGCUGGUACAAAAGUUGCGCUCAAAAUUGUCACACCAACCAAGCAAAUAAAAUGUGAAUGAGGUGAAGGUUCAAAUUUGUCCUAUAGACUUAUGGAGAAGUCGACAAAAGUCGAUAAAAUGUUUGGUGUUCAUUUUGACAAAAUAGUCUUCUCUUUGAUCCAAGUUCAACAGUAAAAGAAAAAUCACCAUGAGUCCUGGGAAAAGGAGGAAAGAAACAGCAUUACAAAUGUGAUUAAAAGUUGCCUGGUGUACACACUACAGCUGAGGCAUGAAUGCUUUGCAUCAUUUCAUUGUUCUUGGCGUUCCCGUUGGAGGUUUAUUUGUCGGAUGAGAUGUCUAUUUCUUCUUAGGAUGCAUUGCAGUUCUUGAAUGGAUAUAUCAUUUGUUUCUGUAAUUACAUCAUUUGUCAGGUGAUUUUAGCUUUGCUACUUUUAAUCUAUAAGUGGUUUUGUAAAGUUUACUGACAUUUUUGUUAUCAAUGCACCUCCGAUAUUAUAAUGAAUGAAA